AUGUCGAUGCCCCUCGUUUUCCUACUAGCUCUCUCAUUAAUCAUCCUUGUUAUCCUACUAGCUCGAAGACGCAGCAAUAGCCCAGCUGGCCGAAAACUCCGGCGUCCUCCGGGGCCUCCGGGCAUUCCCUUCUUCGGGAACUUGCUCCAAUACGACCCCUCAAAUCUCCAUGUCCGCCUAGCAAAACUCUCAGACAAGUAUGGCCCGCUUAUGUCCAUGACGCUCGUCAGAAAGCCCGUGAUCGUCAUUUCAUCAGCGCGAGUGGCUGAAGAGGCUUUGAAGCACAACGACCUCGCAUUUUCGAGCAGGCCGUCUUUCAUUUGCACGCGCAAACUCUCUUACAACAACCGCGACAUCGCCGACUCACCGUACACAGAAUACUGGAGAGAAAUGCGGAAAAUAGUCGUUCUUCGUCUCUUCACGCUCAAACAAGUGAACUCUUUCCGCCCUGCCCGCAAAGACGAAGUAGCCCGCAUGGUGAAAGAAAUUUCCAGAUGGGCCAACGCUCAUCAGCCCGUUAAUAUUAAUGAAACGACGUUGUCAUUGUCGAGCAGCAUGGUAUCUAGGUUUGCACUGGGGAAGAGGUACGAUGAGGAGGACCGGUCGGAGAAGAGGAGGUUCGACAGGCUUCUGAAGCAAAUGCAGGAGCUGACGCUGCAAAUUUUCAUUGGUGAUUAUUUUCCUUGGCUGGGUUGGAUUGACAAGCUUUCUGGUAGGGUUUCUCGGCUGGAGAAGGGGUUUAAGGAUUUCGAUUCGUUUUAUGAAGAACUGAUUGAGGAGCAUCUGAGCCCGAAUAGGCCCGAGUCCAUGAACGGAGACAUUCUUGAUCUGCUGAUCCAAUUGAGAGAAGACCGCUCGUCGUCAGUUCAAAUUGGUUGGGAUCAUAUCAAGGGAGUGCUCAUGAACGUUUUCGUGGGCGGAACAGAGACAAGCGCAGUUACAAUAACAUGGGCAAUGGCAGCGAUGAUCAAGAAGCCUAAAGUAUUGAAAAAAGUGCAACAAGAAAUCAGAACUUUGGUCGAAAAGAAAGGUAGCAUAGAUGAAGAUGAUAUACAUACACUUGCCUAUUUUAAGGCAGUCGUGAAAGAGACUCUGAGACUAUACCCACCAGCUCCGCUCUCAGCUAGAGUGACAACUAAAGCAUGCGUUGUAGAUGGGUACCACGUUGAGCCUGACACCAUAGUUUAUGUGAAUCUCUGGGCGAUUGGUAGAGACCGGAACUUCUGGGAGAACCCAUAUGAGUUCUUGCCCGAGAGAUUCUUGAACAGUGACGUGGACUUUAAAGGGCAAGAUUUCGGAUUUCUUCCAUUUGGGACAGGGCGAAGAGUGUGCCCUGGAAUGGCCUUGGGGAUAGCAGAAGUGGAGCUGGCGCUUGCUAAUCUUCUAUACUCGUUCGACUGGGAAUUACCAGCCGGAAUGGUGGAAGAUGAUGUUGACAUGGAUUCCUCACCUGGAGUAGUAACUCAUAAGAAAAAUCCGUUGUGGUUGAUGGCCAAAAGCUAUCUGUAAUAAGUUAAGUUGCUAUUAUUUUUAGUGAAUUAUUAAGGGUGUUUUAAAUGGAUAAAUAAUGUGGUCGUGAGUUUGGAGUUUGAGAGAAUCAUCU